AUCAGGGCACUCUUGUUGUCGCAUGUUUGUCUGGCCCUGUCCGGACUUAUAUACAUACUUCAAAAUAAAUAUGACUAUGAGUAUGGAGACUGAGUAAUAGACAACAAAACAACGAAGAUAAGCAAUUAAAUGAAUCAAAAUUGUUGGAAAGAAAACUCACUCGGGGGAAAAAAAAGAGAGAGGAGCGAGUGGAUCUAUUUGAGUGGAAAUGGCUGCCACAGCCCCGGCUCUCUUCCACUUUCUACUCUCGAUCCAAAUGCGCACGCCCUCGCUUGGUAGGGGGCCGCACACACUUCAAAAAACACAACGGAAGACAACAUCGAGGGGCCAGGAGCCAGAAACCAGCAGCCAGCAGCCGUCGCCCGCUCACAAAUCCACCAAAUUAAUUAAUCAAAUUAUAAGCAUAAAUCAAAUAAAUUAAUUGUAGUAUAAUUCAUAAAAAAAAGAAAGAUCACUUCUUUCAUUUAACUCGCCUUAAACGAAAUUCUAGUGACUUCCAAUUACAUAAAAACAGCUGACGGCCGUUACAACAACUACAUACGGCUGCCAAAAAAACCAAAAACCGAAAAAAAAGUGUAGCGGAAAUUUCUCUGCAUUUUUCACGCGCUAAUGAAAAAUCUUCAAAAAAAAAAGAGCAAAAUAUCUGUAUUAAAUCAUCAAUAAAAAUAGCAAGAUCGGACUCGACUAGCGGUACCAUGCGCACAGCUGUUUGAGCGAAACUUCGGCCAAAGGAAAAGGCAACACGCACCAAAUCACACAAUUAAAAAAAAAAAAAAACAAGAAAAAAUAAAACAAUAGCUGAAGCAAAAGCCGCUCAUAAUUAAUAUGUACGAAAAAACAUUAAACAUAGGAACUGCAAAAGUUAAUAAUGCAUAUGAAUGGCAAAAAGUGAGUUACAAUAGCAAAAACAACCAGACCGUCGCAAAACCCAAACAACAACAAAAACAACCACACGCGGCUAAAACAAUCAAGAUCAGUGCGAAAAAUGCAACAAAAGCUCCACCGCCAACAACAACAGCCACGGUACCCACAUUACCGUUGCUCAAAUCUAUAGCCGUUAAACCGCAAAAACAAAAUCCAAAUCCAAAUCAAAAUCAAAGCCAACAAAUUAAAUUCGUUGGCAGCGCGACGCGCCGACAAACGUUGGCCCAUCAAAUAAAGCGAGCACAUCGACAUUUAUUGACCAGCGGCGGCCAAGAUAAACCGCAAAAGACUGGAAAACAGAAACAACAGAAACAGCCGCGCAAGAAACAAUUGUUGGGAAGUGAUAAACAAAAACAGCACCAGAAGCGUGGCACGGCGACCACCAAAUCCAUCCCCAGCCAUAGGAACACUCGGCGAUCGAGGUGCCACAGUGACGGGGCACAAUCGGGACUGUCGUCGCGUUGGUGUUCCAUCGAAGAGCAGCUGAACGUGCUGGACGAUCUGCUCUACUACUGCGAUGAGGAGGCGGAACAGUACUUAGCCCAGCUCUACGAAAAGUACCAGGAGCAACUCAGGUGCAAUAGCAUCGACAGCAGCUGCCGAACCAGAAGCUGUUCGCCCGGCAGCGAUUUCUGGAGCGACACAGAUUCCGAGAAUAUGUCACAGCACGACGACGACUCCAGCACCAGUGGCACUGGCAGCCACAGCACUGGCCACAGCUUGGUCCCAUCCUCGCUCAAGCGACGUGGCCACCAGCACCAUCCACGCUUCUCGGGCACUCGCCGUCCCAACGUUCCCAACGUCCAGGAGAUCCUAGCAGCUCUCUACAGAGGCGAUUCCAAGAGCGCUCUCUCCAAUCUGCGCGGCGAGACACCGCCGGAGGACCAGAAGGAGGAGGAUCAGAAGCAGCAGGAGAAUCAGAAGACCAGCCGAAGCACCCUAAGCCUUCCAUUAAGCGAGUCUGUUACCAAUUCCCUGGGCAGCAACAGUCCCACGCCCACUGACGAAAGCAGUGUCCAAGAUGAAAGUGCACUUAACACGCCUACGGCUGGCGAGGGAGUUCCUCCACCAGCUCCACCGUCCACGUCAAAGAGCAAGAAAAAGAAGCGAGAAAAGGGCGAGAAAAGUGAAAAGUCGGAAAAGUCUGACCGCAAAAAGAAAUCCUCCUCCUCCUCGUCGUCGGGCAAGAAGGAGCGGAGCAAGCGAUCAUCUGCCAACCCGAUGGAGCUCAGCAGCGACAGCUUGGCCACGGAUCUUAGUGCCGGAGCUAUAGAUGAAGGCAUUGCCCUGGCGGACGACGAUGACAACCAGGUGGCCGAGUGGUCCAAACUGCGGUGUACCAGUGAAUCGGCGGAGGUUGUGGCCGAGAGGGAAGCCCGUCGGAACAAGGGUCGGUGUGCAGACUAUCCGGGGCUGGCAUUUGGACGCUCCAUCUUCAGUUCGGACACCAUGAUGAAGUUCAAUAUCAUACGGAACGAGCUGCACAACAUCAUGAAUACACAACUCAAGCGGGCCGAAUCCGAGGUUGCUGCUCUGAACCGUCGCAUCCAGUUGCUCGAGGAAGACUUGGAGCGCUCUGAGGAGCGUCUGGGCUCCGCCACAGCCAAGCUGUCGGAAGCCUCUCAGGCUGCUGACGAGAGCGAACGUGCUCGCAAGAUUCUUGAGAACCGCGCCCUUGCCGAUGAAGAACGCAUGGACGCUCUUGAGAAUCAGCUGAAGGAAGCGCGUUUCCUUGCUGAGGAGGCUGACAAGAAAUACGAUGAGGUGCAGCUAAAAACCAAUCUGUCUUCUACUAUUCUAAGCAAUAAUAAUAAUAAUAACAACAGCAACAGUAACAAUAUCAGUUCUAAAACCGAGUCAUAUGUCACCAGUGCUAUUGGUGGCACUAUCGCCAACAAUAACGCAUCCCGAACUAUUGCUGUUGGUGAUGACACUUCCACAUUGUCCUCCACAAGUCACGAACAUAAUAAUAAUCCCACCAACGACACCUGAUUCUCUAUGAUUUCUUUGCCAAUUUUUGAAUUAUUUGAUGUAAAAUGAUGUAAUGGGGCUACCCCACCCCUAACUUGGCACAGGAAUCAUCACGGACAGGAUGUCGAUGUGAUGUAAAACUUGUGCUUACAACGAUGAAAAACGAUGGCAGCUAUAAAACUAGGCUGGCACCGCCGCCGCCCGCCUUAUGCAAUAUAUAGUUAGAAAAUGUACAUACUAUGUAAAGCAACUGCAAUUUCAAAUGAAAUUUUUGAUUGUAACGCGUGAACAAAUCUACUCCAUGUGUGUGUCUUUUUAGAGCUAUGUAACUAUUGUAUGUAAAGUAAAUGUUAAGAAUCGGUCCAUACGAUAUCUGAAUAGUACGAUGCUCUUCCACGAGAAAGCUUGAAAAGCAAUCGGAUAUACCUUUUGUUUUGUUUAAGAAUGAAAUUGUAAUCAAAGUUCACACUUGCCUUAACCAACCAACCCAACACACCUUAAAAAAUAACAAAUUAUAACCCAAGAAAUUGUCUAAUUUUGAUUAAAUAUAUAUAUAUAUUUUUGGCAAAGUUUAUAUCACAUUAUUAUAUACAAGAAUUAUAUAAAAAUACAAAUAUAUAAAUGCAGCAUAAAAAUGUAUCUUUAUCUUAUUUAAAGCAGAUAUGUUAGAGGCCCGACUAGUUGUUGUACUUUCUGUUUCUGGGAGUUAUAGAGGGGGUUUAUUUUAGGCAACUAUGAGAAUUAUUUUUAUUAUGUUUUGAAAAAAAGCUAUUUAACCAUUUGAAGAAACCCUGGCCCAGACUGGCCCAGUCCCUUAUUGCUUACGUGUUUUGUGCGAAUAUUGGAUCGAAAAUAAACACCAACUGAUAAACUGCAUUGGCUGAUAAGCCACCUAUAUAGUCCCCCCUUUUUUUCUUCUAUUUCGCACCUUAUCUCCGCCCAGAAACCUAUAAAUGGGCCACUGAGAAAAAGCUUCGAUAAGUGAAGAAAAGGCCGCUCCCCAGUUCACUCGAUUUCGCACUCCUUUACUUCAAAUAAAUGGCCAUGACAUAAGCGCCUAAAAAUCAACGAUCGGAUGAAUCAGAUCGGGACAGGAGGAGGAGGCACUCACUCGCUUACUUGACCCUCGGACGUAGGCCGAUCCGAAAAAGGGGGGCGUGCCAUGAGUCAGUGGCUUGAAAUGUGCGUGGAGUGAUUCCAACCAUCCGUAAUGCAUAUGUUUCGUUAUCUUUUCCUGCGAAAAGAUCUGACGCCACACAGGUUUAGUAGUAGGGGGGGAUCCACUGAAAAAGAUAUAUUAUAUUAGCAUACUAAAGACGGGAAAUGGAGACUGCUUUUGGCCAAGCUGGCUAAUUAAAAUCAAUAAGCGUGCUGCCCAAAAAUGGACCAAAGCAAUUUCAAAUUUUUGGACAGCAUCUUUACGGAUUUCCUAAAAACGAUCCAACAGAUACUAUAGCUUUUUAGCUAAUUUCCUUUAAACAGUUAAAAGAU